AUGACCUCUAGUACCAAGAAGCCAGAAGAGGAAACCAAACCUCUUACUGCGAAUCAACUCGCUAGACAGCGGAAAAAGAUUGAGAAGGAUAGAAGACGUAAGCAAUAUGAAGAUAUUCAGAUCCAAGGCACAAAUAAUUCCUCAAUUGUUUCUAAAAGAUCUGUAGAGAUGCUCUACACCACCAAGCUCAACCCUGAAAUGGGUGAAUGGUUUAAAUACUUUGUCAAGAAUCCAAAGCGUCGUUCGCCAGCUAUUAAUAGAGGAUAUUGGAUCCGUAUGGAAUCGAUCAAACAACUCAUCUUGAGAAUCAUCGAACAGAAUAAAGAUAAUGACAAUAUCAUUUCCAUUGUGAAUUUAGGUUGUGGUUUUGAUCCUGUUCCAUUCCAGUUACUCUCUGAAUUCAGAACUACUCAACCUGAACUUUUGAAAAGAAUCAAUUUUAUAGAUAUAGAUUACCCUGAUUUGGUUCAAAACAAGUUGAAUAUGAUCAAUGAGAGUAAUGAAAUUCUUUCUAUCAUUGGCGAGUCUCAUACAACUCAUAAGGAUUUAGGGAUUAUUUUAUCGACUGAGAACUAUAGUCUUGUUGGAUGUAACUUGAGAGAUAGUGAAUUAUUUAACCGUCAGUUGAGCACCAUCAAUAGUAGUGCCACUACGAGUAUUUUCAUUGCUGAAGUAUCUUUGGCAUACAUGAAGCCAGAACAUGCUAACCCUGUGAUUGCAAACGCAAGUAAAUAUCCAAAUUCUCAUUUCAUUAUUUUGGAACAACUUUUACCUUCUGGUGUUAACCAUCCAUUUGCAAAGAAGAUGAUGUAUCAUUUUGCCCAUUUAAGAUCUCCAUUGGGUUGUGUAGAGAAAUACCCAUUGAUUUCAGAUCAAGUCGAAAGGUUCAAACAAUAUUAUCAUACUGUGGAAGCUAAUGAUUUGAUGUACAAUUGGGAACAUUUAACUACAAAUGAAUUGAAGAGAAAAGUUUCAGAAAUUGAAAGUUUCGAUGAAUGGGAAGAAUUUAUAAUCUUUUGUCAACAUUACGUUAUUGUUCAUGCUACCAAUACUGAAGGUGGUGAAGUUUACCCCUCUACACCAGAUAAAAGCAUUGAAGAAUUUGAAAUUGAUUCUGAGUUCAUUGUUGAAUCCAAACCGUUAGAGGGCUUUGAAAGAAAAUUUCCUGGUGUUUGUAAUAUAACACAAGAUAAAGCUCUUGUAUUUGGUGGUUCAGGACAAACCAGAAGUAAUGAAGUUUAUGAAAUUCCUUUAACCAUGGAUGAACAACCAAAGAAAUUGGAAAACACUGGAGAAAUCCCAUUGGCAAGACAAGGUCAUACAUUUACACAAAUAAACUCAAACAGUGCCUUACUCAUCGGAGGGAGAUCUAGACCAGGAGUUGAAUACUCUGAUGUAUAUAAAUAUUCUAUAAAUAAAGAAGUUGAAGGUGGAGUAUGGGAAAAAUUAGGGAAUGUUGAAGAAACAAUGGCAAGACAUUCAACCAUGAAAUUAAAUGAUACCCAAGUUUUGAUUUUCAAUAAAAAUGGCUUUUCAAUUUAUAAUCAUGAAAAGAAUGAAUUGGAAAAAGUGUUAAUUAAUGGAUGUCAUCUUUCUAAUUUUAUAAGCAGUGGUGUGUGUUAUUCAAACAAUGUUGGAUAUAUUGUUGGAGGAAUGAAAUCAGAAACUGAACCAACCGUAAGUGAUACUAUUUACAAAUUUACGGUGAAGCAAAAUGAGGGGAAAUCAAUCGAAAUAUUUGUUGAGGAAUAUUUGAAACAUCUUUCUAUGAGUAGAAUUGGAUGUGGAUGUCAUAUUCUCGGCAAUAAAUUAAUAAUUGCAGGAGGUGCAAAUCCAUAUAAAUUGUUAGGUACCAAGUUAUGUGUACUUACCGUAGAUUUGGACAGUAAGGAAAUAAAAUACCUUCCAGCAGAUGAAAUGUUGAUUGGGUGUGGUACCGCUAAGUUGAACGAUGAUGGUGUUUCAUUUGUAGCUGGAGGUGGCGUCUGUUACUCAUUUGGAAGUUAUUAUAAUGGAGUUGUGUCGAUUACAAAGACCCAUUAA